AGGAGAUGGCGGAGGCAGAGACGAGCGAGAAGGACAGCCAGGCCGACUACGAGGCCCUCAUGAAGGAGUCCGCGGAGAAGCGCGCGACCGACGCGAAGUCCCUCGCCGACAAGGAGGGCGAGAAGGCGAGCCUCGAGGGGGACCUGCAGUCGCACAAGGGCGACCUGAAGGAGGCCAACACCAACCUUGCAACCACGCUCAAGUACAUCCACUCGCUUCACACGGAGUGCGACUGGCUCUUGAAGUACUACGACGUGCGCAAGGAGAUGCGGGCCAGCGAGGUGGACGCCCUCGGGAAGGCCAAGGCCGUGCUCAACGGCGCAGACUUCUCCUUGCUCCAGACCGCGCAGUCUCUCAGGCGCUGAGAGCAGCGCUCCUGGGGGACUGGCGGGCUGGCCGGCGCGGGAGUGUGUCGCCGCGGAGGGGGCGCUCGCGCUCGCGCGUGAAGAGAGAGAGAGAGAGAGAGAGAGAGUGGAA